CUCCCAUACCCGUCCGGCGUUCUAUCUCUUCUGCUAAAGGGAAGGAGAAGAUGAUAGCCGAUCGUGAUUCGGCGGAGCAAACCCGCAAAAAGCGCAAAGGAAAUGGUGGCGAUCACCUGAUCCCGACCGACCAUGUGGUUGACUUGACCGGGCCGGAGGUCGAGCCCAAAAGACCGGUGCCUGCCAACAAACCAACUCCGGUUCUUACUGCCACACCGAUCGAUGAUCGGAUGUUUGUUGAGUUCUCAAAUAUGGGGCCCAGAUCAGAAGGGAGGUAUCUGUUCGGGUUGAUGCCAUCUUCUAUGUGGUGUCAUACUGCGAUCAAAGUUCCCCCGAGCUUCACUAACUUGACUCACUGGUCGGACCUUUUCGAAGCAGGUCACCAGGAAGCACUCAAGGCUGGCGUGUAUUAUCACAAAGCCUUUCUUGCUGCUGAGAAGGAGAUGAAAGCCCUGGCCAGUGAUCGGGAUGACGGCCAGGUCCUUCUUUCCGCCGCUCGGAAGUUAGCGACCGACCUCCAAGAGCAGGCCAAAGAGGGUGAGAAGGCAAAAGCUGCCUUGGCCGAGAUGCAGGAGACGUCCCGUCGUCGCGACCGGGAGCUCAAAGAACUCCGGGCCAAGGUGCGGGCUGUUGAAUCUGCUGGCAUUAAAUUUGAUAAGGCUGUCGGAGAUCAUCUGCCCGAACCCUACACGGUCAAUACCUC